GAAGGGGUUGGAGGCCGGGGGCUAUAACAGCAACAGUUGCUAAUCGUAUUAUGAAACAUAAAAGAGCAAGACUAAAAUCAAAAUCAUCCCGUAAAAGUAGUCGAAAACGUCGUAGGCGUGAUGAUUCUGAUUCAGAUGUAACGGUUGCUCCAAGGCCAACUCUAGAAAUACACAGAAAAGAAGGCGCUUAUUGGAUAACAAUGAAUCCAAUAAAAGAUCCUAAUACUAUCGACGAACAAGAUCCCUAUAUGGAUUGUAUGCCAAUGGAAUUCCGUAUUACCAAAAACAAAGAAAAAGUAAUGAUCAAAGGAGCAGAUGACGAUGACUAUAAGACCUGCUACUGUGGUGACGAUGAAGAUGAACAGCCUUCUUCGGAUAGCGAGUUAGAUAUUGAAUUUUCACCUCCUGGGUUGCUUAGGCAUAGAGCAUUGAAACGAAGAAACAAACCUAAGACUGAGGCUGAUACGCAAUAUGAUCCUGCAGAUUUUACAGUUCAAAAACCAAAAGGAAAAGGUGGCAAAAAGGACAAGAAAGGCGGAAAGAAAGGGAAAAAGAAGUGAACCUUCUUAAGGAAAAUUUCAGUUAAUUAAACACAAUGUUUUAUUUUAAUAUUAAAUAUAUUAACUAUCUCAAUUUGCA